CAUUUAUUGCGCUCGUUUAAUAUCCUAGACAUCCAUGAGGUUAUUAUGCCUAUUUUGUACUACAUGGGGAUAUUGAAGAGAAAAAGGGAAGAAGCAAUAUGCCCCAGAUGACACUAACAGUGUGUAAUGGAGGCAGCAGGAUCCGAAUACAUGCUUCUCUGGAUGCAGAACUCAGGUUCCGCUACUCUUUGUCGCCCACAUGGAGAGCGCACGUUCAUUUUCUCUCCGUUACAGGAAUGGUGCACAAAAUCGGACUUUCUCUAGUCCAGCAGCAGAGUUCCUCUUCUGUGUGGCCCUCUGUGUCGGGGGCCACAGCUAAGUUCGGGGGUCAGAGGGAAACAGUAAUCAAAUUCCAGAGCUAACACUUUCCAGGCGUCUAGACCGAGGCGCGGGGGCAGAAGAGUAAACUUGCACCAUCCUGGUCACUGGGAACACCUAGACUUGCCGUUUCAUCCUUCCCUCCAUAUUAGCCCUUCCUGCCGGGAAUUCCAGGCGAGCCGAAAGCCUAGACCAGGGUUCCCGUAGCCAAAAUGGCGGCCGCGCACUCUUGCCCACAGUUGGCCCCUCGGCUUUGGGCGGUCUCCAUGGUACAGCGGCCCGCCCCUUCGGCGCCUGCCUCCGCCUGCGCGUGGGGAAGGCCGGAGCAUUUCCCGCCCCCUCAUUUUUGCGACAGUUGCAGCGAAAGUCACGGCAGUUGAGGCCGGUGUCAGCUGAUUUACUGCAGCGACGGCGGUGGUGGCGGCGGCGGCAACGGCAUCCUGCAGCCUUGGUGGGGACACGGCGACGGGGCUGGGGUUGCGGUUCCCAAGGUUUUCUCACAGGAUUUGCCCACCCCCCCGUCCUCCUUAGAUACGUCCUCUCCUUGUUCUCCUAUGCCGGGGCGCCCACGGGUGGUCCGACAGAGAACAUCCCAGCACGAGAUGAAGCUGUGACAGAUGGGGAAGCUGAGGCCCAGAGGGGUAAUUUUUUCAAGAUCACAUAGAAGAGCCCGGAUUUGAAUACAGUUCUUCUGAUUGUUUGAAAAAACAAUGGCAGGAAACAGCCUUGUUCUACCCAUCGUUCUUUGGGGUCGCAAAGCCCCAACACACUGCAUCUCAGCAGUUCUUUUAACAGAUGAUGGGACCACAAUUGUAACUGGAUGCCACGAUGGACAAAUAUGUCUCUGGGAUCUUUCAGUAGAAUUGGAAGUUAAUCCUCGAGCACUGUUGUUUGGUCAUACAGCUUCGAUCACUUGUUUGUCUAAAGCUUGUGCUUCUAGUGACAAGCAGUAUAUUGUGAGUGCAUCUGAAAGUGGAGAAAUGUGCCUCUGGGAUGUGAAUGAUGGCAGAUGUAUUGAAUUUACAAAGUUAGCCUGCACUCAUACUGGCAUACAGUUCUACCAGUUCUCUGUUGGAAACCAGAGAGAAGGAAGGCUUUUAUGCUAUGGCCAUUAUCCUGAAAUCCUUGUUGUGGAUGCCACCAGCCUUGAGGUGUUAUACUCCUUAGUCUCAAAGAUAUCUCCAGACUGGAUUAGCUCCAUGAGCAUUAUUCGAUCCCACCGAACACAAGAGGACACUGUGGUGGCACUCUCAGUGACAGGCAUCUUGAAGGUGUGGAUUGUUACCUCUGAAGUAAGUGGCAUGCAGGAUACUGAGCCAAUAUUUGAGGAGGAAUCCAAACCAAUUUAUUGUCAGAAUUGCCAAAGCAUCUCUUUUUGUGCAUUCACACAAAGGUCACUUUUGGUUGUGUGCUCCAAAUAUUGGAGGGUAUUUGAUGCUGGAGACUAUUCCCUGUUGUGUUCAGGUCCGAGUGAAAAUGGACAGGCAUGGACUGGAGGUGACUUUGUAUCCGCAGAUAAAGUAAUCAUUUGGACUGAAAAUGGGCAAAGUUAUAUUUAUAAACUACCUGCCAGUUGCCUUCCAGCUAGUGAUUCAUUCCGCAGCGAUGUGGGGAAAGCAGUUGAAAAUUUAAUUCCUCCUGUACAACAUAGUCUUUUGGAUCGAACAGAUAAAGAGUUGCUAAUUUGUCCUCCUGUCACUCGGUUCUUCUAUGGAGGGAGGGAAUACUUCCAUAAACUGUUAAUUCAGGGUGAUUCAUCUGGGAGAUUGAAUAUUUGGAACAUAUCGGACACACCUAAUAAGCAGGAAGGUGAAGAAGGGCUGGAAAUGACUACUUCUAUUAGUUUGCAAGAGGCAUUUGAUAAACUGAAUCCCUGUCCUGCUGGAAUUAUAGAUCAACUGAGUGUGAUUCCCAAUAGUAAAGAACCUCUUAAAGUAACUGCAAGUGUGUACAUACCAGCACAUGGACGGCUUGUUUGUGGCCGUGAAGAUGGAAGCAUCAUUAUUGUACCUGCUACACAGACAGCCAUAGUACAGCUGCUACAAGGGGAACACAUGCUCCGAAGAGGUUGGCCACCUCACAGAACACUUCGUGGUCAUCGGAACAAGGUCACAUGUUUGCUAUAUCCUCAUCAGGUCUCAGCUCGUUAUGAUCAAAGAUAUCUGAUAUCUGGAGGUGUGGAUUUUUCAGUCAUAAUUUGGGACAUAUUUUCCGGAGAAAUGAAACAUAUCUUCUGUGUACAUGGUGGCGAGAUUACUCAACUUCUAGUUCCACCUGAAAACUGUAGUGCGAGAGUGCAGCACUGCAUCUGCUCUGUAGCCAGUGACCACUCAGUAGGACUCCUAAGUUUGCGUGAGAAAAAAUGCAUUAUGCUAGCAUCUCGUCAUCUUUUCCCUAUUCAAGUAAUCAAGUGGAGGCCUUCUGAUGAUUACCUAGUGGUGGGAUGUUCAGAUGGCUCUGUGUACGUUUGGCAAAUGGAUACUGGUGCGUUGGAUCGUUGUGUGAUGGGGAUAACAGCAGUAGAGAUUCUGAACGCUUGUGACGAAGCCGUUCCCGCUGCAGUUGAUUCACUUAGUCAUCCAGCAGUCAACCUAAAACAAGCUAUGACAAGACGUAGUCUUGCUGCCCUUAAAAAUAUGGCCCAUCAUAAGCUGCAAACCCUUGCAACUAACCUUUUGGCUUCUGAGGCGUCUGACAAAGGAAAUUUACCUAAAUAUUCUCAUAACUCCCUGAUGGUUCAAGCAAUAAAGACAAACCUAACAGACCCGGACAUACAUGUGCUUUUCUUUGAUGUGGAAGCGUUGAUUAUUCAACUCCUGACUGAAGAAGCCUCUAGGCCGAAUACUGCGCUUAUUUCCCCAGAGAAUUUGCAAAAAGCAUCUGGCAGUUCAGACAAAGGAGGCUCUUUUCUAACUGGAAAGAGAGCAGCAGUUCUCUUCCAACAAGUGAAAGAAACUAUCAAAGAGAACAUAAAGGAACAUCUCCUUGAUGAUGAAGAGGAGGAUGAGGAGAUAAUGAGGCAAAGAAGGGAAGAAAGUGAUCCUGAAUAUCGGGCCAGCAAAUCUAAGCCAUUGACCCUAUUAGAAUAUAAUUUAACUAUGGACACUGCAAAAUUAUUCAUGUCCUGCCUUCAUGCCUGGGGUUUGAAUGAAGUUCUGGAUGAAGUUUGUCUUGAUCGCCUUGGAAUGCUCAAACCCCAUUGCACAGUAUCAUUUGGUCUCUUAUCCAGAGGAGGUCAUAUGUCACUGAUGCUUCCUGGUUAUAAUCAGGCUGCUUGUAAACUGUCACACGGGAAAGCAGAAGUAGGAAGGAAGCUGCCAGCAACUGAGGGAGUAGGAAAAGGAACUUAUGGAGUGUCCCGAGCCGUCACCACACAACAUCUUCUGUCCGUCAUAUCUUUGGCAAAUACCUUAAUGAGUAUGACCAAUGCAACUUUUAUUGGUGAUCAUAUGAAGAAGGGCCCUACCAGGCCACCUAGACCAAGCACCCCAGACCUUUCUAAGGCAAGGGGUUCCCCUCCAACUUCCAGUAAUGUUGUGCAAGGACAGAUUAAACAAGAAACUGCUGUACCUCAAUUCUCUCCUCUUUAUUUCUUCUAUUUUCCUCUGCAAGUUCCUGCACCUGUCGUUUCCGCUCGGUCUGAUGCUGAUCACUCUGGCUCGGACCCUGCUUCUACUCCUGCUUUACAUACCUGUUUCUUAGUAAAUGAAGGAUGGAGUCAGUUGGCUGCUAUGCAUUGUGUUAUGCUGCCAGACCUGUUGGGAUUGGACAAGUUUAGGCCUCCACUUCUAGAGAUGCUGGCUCGGAGAUGGCAAGAUCGAUGCUUGGAGGUCAGAGAAGCCGCUCAGGCCCUGCUGCUGGCAGAACUGAGGAGAAUUGAGCAGGCGGGACGGAAGGAAGCCAUUGAUGCCUGGGCUCCUUAUUUGCCUCAGUAUAUGGACCAUGUCAUAUCACCUGGAGUGUCAGCAGAAGCCACACAGACUGUCAGCACUGCUCCCGAUGCUUUGGGGCCAGAAGCCAAAGCGCAGGAGGAAGAGCAUGACCUUGUAGAUGAUGACAUCACAACUGGUUGCUUAUCAAGUGUCCCACAAAUGAAAAAAAUUUCCACAUCGUAUGAGGAAAGACGGAAGCAAGCUACUGCUAUUGUUUUACUGGGAGUUAUAGGAGCUGAAUUCGGUGCUGAAAUUGAACCUCCUAAACUGUUGACCAGACCUCGAAGCUCUAGUCAAAUUCCUGAGGGAUUUGGUUUGACUAGUGGUGGAUCCAACUACUCACUGGCCAGACAUACUUGUAAGGCACUGACAUUUCUUCUGCUGCAGCCCCCAAGCCCAAAACUUCCUCCACACAGCACUAUCCGAAGGACAGCCAUUGAUCUAAUCGGACGUGGUUUCACAGUUUGGGAGCCUUACAUGGAUGUGUCUGCUGUCCUGAUGGGGCUUCUCGAACUUUGUGCUGAUGCCGAAAAACACCUUGCCAACAUCACAAUGGGGCUGCCUCUGAGCCCAGCAGCUGACUCCGCCCGCUCUGCAAGGCAUGCGCUCUCACUCAUUGCCACUGCCAGACCACCCGCCUUCAUCACAACUAUAGCCAAAGAGGUACACAGACAUACUGCUCUUGCAGCAAACACCCAGUCGCAGCAGAAUAUGCACACCACAACUCUCGCACGAGCUAAAGGGGAAAUUCUGAGAGUCAUUGAAAUUCUCAUUGAAAAGAUGCCCACAGAUGUUGUAGAUCUUCUUGUGGAGGUUAUGGAUAUCAUUAUGUACUGCCUUGAAGGAUCUUUAGUUAAAAAGAAGGGUCUUCAAGAAUGUUUCCCAGCCAUCUGCAGGUUCUACAUGGUCAGCUAUUAUGAGCGGAAUCACAGAAUAGCAGUUGGAGCUCGCCAUGGUUCAGUGGCCCUGUACGACAUCCGGACUGGAAAAUGUCAGACAAUCCAUGGACACAAGGGACCAAUCACUGCAGUGGCCUUUGCUCCUGAUGGACGAUAUCUUGCCACCUACUCAAACACUGACAGCCACAUUUCUUUCUGGCAGAUGAAUACCUCACUGUUGGGAAGCAUCGGCAUGCUGAACUCGGCACCUCAGCUGCGCUGUAUUAAAACCUACCAGGUGCCCCCCGUGCAGCCGGCUUCCCCUGGCUCGCACAACGCGCUCAGACUGGCCCGGCUCAUCUGGACUUCCAACCGCAACGUCAUCCUCAUGGCCCACGACGGGAGGGAGCACCGCUUCAUGGUCUAAUGCUGCUGUCUGCUGCCUUGACUGCUGCUUAGUUCUUUCAAUCCUCUAGGCCGAGAUUCCUCUGUCCUUGCUCUCACUGGAUCAUUCCCCAGUGCCUGCCCGCACCAGUGUCAUCCAGGGGUGCGGCCGGGUCUGUGUCACCUCUGCAUGGUUCUUGGGGACAGAUUCCUGCUCGUGCCACCUAUUGAUUCAGAGGCAAGCACACAUCGCUCUGCAGGAUGUGGCCGUUCUGUCACUAGGUCAUUUUUCCCAGCUGGAGAGGGAGGGGAAGCCAGCGGUCCUGGGAACGCUCCUGUUGCUUGGUGCACUAGGAGCCCGAAAAUCAAUAAACACUGUGAUUGCACUCUCAGCCCAGAUCAGCAUUUUCUUCAAGCUAAACACCCCCCCCCCCCCGAAGUGCUGCCUGAACCUGGUGGUUUUGACGUUGAGUUCUGAGGUAAUGUGGCAGUCCUAGUCAUCAAAAUUAUUUUCCUUUGAUUUCCUAAAACAUGCUAUUGUUUACCAAAAAGAUUCUGUGUAUACUUGGGUUUUUUCUUCUGGUAAUUGCUAGCAAAUUACUCAAUCCAAUUUCGUAGGACUUAGCUGCUACCUUCUUUAUUAAUACCUAACCAAUUUGAGAUUAAUAUUUGAGAAAUAUACAAAAAAAAUUUUUCCUCAUGGAGAAUACAGUUUCCCAGACACCUAAUCUUCUAAAAUGCUCAUAUCCUGCUAAGUGAUAGUGUAUUUAGUAGUUUGAAAUAGAAAUCAUCACUGUUAGGAUCUAGUUAAUAUAAUUAUCCAGCCGCUAUAACUAAUCUCUUAAAUGGACUUUUGUAACAAAGAACCAAGUUUGAAAGUAUAGCAUAUACCUAAAAAGAAAACUCUUGUGUCUGUUGCUACAGAUCUUUUUAAGAAAGAGUUUACCCCUUCCUUCCAGAGACUUCAUGGACCUGCAGUUGCCCUGUGUACGAACUGUGCCAGUUAUCAUGUAGUAAUUAUAAUUCAGCCUUCAAACUACUCCUGAUCAAUUAAAGAAAAACUAAAACUAAGACAGGAUUUCUUUUAAACAAAUAUCCUAGAAAGUCAGUAACUACGGCACAAGCAUCCAGGAGUGUCUAUAAACACGUGAAGGCUCUCAGUCAGUCUGACCAAACGCUGCAGUGAGGGUGUUGCCCACGCUUCAAAGCAAGCUUUAAGUAGGUUGCUUUCUUCUCCUUUUGUCAAAUUAUGCCAGUUCUUGCUCAUAGUAAUGGAAAAAAUAUCAUCAAACAAUAUUUUGUAUAAAUUGCUCCUAACAAACCUUGAUCUGUGGAUAGUUGGGGAUUUGGUUGGUUAGUUGGUUGGUUGAUUGUUGAUUGGUUGGUUAGUUGGGCAAAUAUUGUUUAUUAAAUGCAAAAAUAGAAAAUUAUUUAUUAAAUUCAGAGAAAAUAUGUAGAAUUUACAGAGGAACCAAAAUGAUAAUGGGAGCAUUUAAUUUAAAAGGCAUAGAUUGUCAGAGUUUAUGUAAUAUACAAAAAAGUAGGAUCACAGGCCAGGAACAAAUACAUCUGUUAUUUUAUUGAAACAGAUUUUUAAAGAAAAUGUUAAGAAAUUAAGACCAAUAGAAUGUCCCUUUCAUAUUGAUAUGAAGUAUGUUCUUUCCGUUGAUGGCACACCUGUACUAUUCCUUGGUUUUAGACUUUGGGUGUUCUUUCAAAAGUGAAUUUAUGCCACAUGCAUGUACAUUGUAUUUAUAAAGAUUAUAUAUGUAGUUUGCAAGGAAGAAACAACUAUACAGUGUAGACUUAUUUGUUUGGUGAACAUGCUGUUGUGUUUGAUGCAGCUAGAGAAACCUGAGGUAAACCAAAGGUGUCGUCGGUUUUUCCAGUGGGCUCCCACGUCUUCUGGAUACCCAGCACAUGUUUACUUUGUGAACUUAAAUGGGGGUUAAUUUAUUCUAUAGGCUGUUUUGGAAUGAUGAAGUAAAAGUAGACCUUAGAGAUUUUUUAAAACAAAAUGUUCAAUGCAUCAGGAGGAAGCUGUGAGACCGGGAGGCAGGCCACCACAAAUGCAUGGAUGGCGCUCAGCACACAGACUUAGGACAAAGCUGUGAGGCCUGAAGGAGCAGAAUCCCUGGGCACUGGGCAUAGGCCAGCCUGUGACACAUUCUGUCUGCAUAGGCAGCCAAAAUUAAUUGGCCAAUAGAAUAUUAUGAUUGUAAACUCUGGGGUGGAUGAUAUUUGAUAGUUAGACAGAUACCUCUAACUGCUAGACUAAUAUUUGCAUUCUUGUCAACACAAAUCUCUCCUUGGCUAUUUUGGACAACCACCGUCCCAAACUUCAUCACAGCUUAGAUUUCUCAGCACUAAGGUAAACUUUGUAUUGUCAUCCCAGUGUACGCUUUUACUGUUUUACUGAUUUCAUUGGCAGUGUAUUUGGACCUGUCCUUGUAAAUGUAGAGACAUAUGUGGUUUCAUUGGUAAUUUGCAAGCAAAAGAUGACAUGGCGUGACACCUGUAUGAAAAUGUAAUGAUUGAACUCUGUGUACAGCAAGUGAAUUAAAAUGUCUGCCUCUCAAGACAUUUCUUGAUGACUGCACCAAUAGAUUCUAUACGUGCUGAAUGUCCCUGUGUACAUAUGUGUGUUAAAUAAAACUGAAUUGUACUGAA